AGAAGCUCGCAGUCUAGACAUAGCCUGGGAGCUAAGCUGGACAGCAGCUCAGGAAAAUCUGAGAGAGCUCAGCCUUGGUGAUAGGGCCCCAGCUAUAUCAGCCCCCACCCUGUUUCCUGGCCCUGUCGCGUCGGAGACACGCACCCACACUGCACCCUCCACAGGAGUGGCCCGAGGUUGGCUGUGGCAGCUGGCGACCUGGGCGGAAGGCGUGAUCAGCGCCCCCACCUCACGGCCGUCAAUGACCGUAAUCACGGAGUGCCCCUGACCCUCCAACAACUCCAAAUGGGACGCCGAUUCAUUUCAACUACCUGCCAAUCUCAGACUGGCUGCCGUGUAAGCCUGCAACUGGCCCUUCUUAGGUGUCUUUGUUACUAUUGCACGACACACCUAGUAACAUGCUGUUGCUCCACACAACUCUCUGUUGUCAGUCCUCUUGGUGUACAGGGUCCAUCUGAAAACAUGGCUUUCUUCCAAAAUACAUUCUACCCCUGGCACUGUCCUGUCUUCACACCUCCGUGGCUGGCUAUGCCUGGGCAUACGACCCCCCUGACGUACCCUACUAGCGGGGUUGUCUUUGGGAACAUGCCGGCCAACGCUGGCGGAAUUCCCGCCUUCAAAUUCCAGUCCCGCCGAGACAGCGUUGACUGGAGGCGGUUCAGUGCCAUUGACGUGGAGCGGGUGGCCCGGGAGCUGGACGUGACCACGCUCCAGGAGAACAUUGUCGGCGUCACCUUCUGUAACCUGGACUCUGAAAAGUGCCCGCACUGCCAGCAGCCCAUAGACCCAGUUCUCCUGAAGGUCCUGAAGAUGGCGCAGCUGACCAUCGAGUACUUGCUGCACUCGCAGGAGUACCUGAGCGCCAGCGUGGCGCUGCAGGAGGAGCAUCUGCGGAUGGCCCAGGAGGAGCUGAAGCGCACCAGGCAGGAGCUGGACAAGCAGGCGGAGGAGCUGAAGGGGGUAAAGGAGGAGAGCCGGAGGCGGAAGAAGAUGAUUGCCACCCAACAACUCCUCCUGCAGGCUGGGACCAAUAACUACCACAAGUGUCAGCUGUGUGACAAGGCCUUCAUGAACUACUCCUACCUCCAAGCCCACGUUCAGCGCAGACACAUUGAGGCCAGUGACGCGGAGAGACAGAAGAAGAAACAGGUGGAGCAUAUGGAGGAUGAGAUUCAAGAACUAAGGAUGAAGCUGAAAGAGACCCAUGCCCAGCUGGAAAUUGAGAGAGAGGCUGAGACUCAGCUCAGGGUUCAGGAAGCAGAGAAAAGUCGCCAGAGAGAAGAGGAGGCAAGAAGGGAAUUUGAGAGAUGGAAAGAGGAGGAGAGGACAAAGUUCCAGCAGGAAAUGGAGGGCCUGCGGCAGUUGUUCCUGUCAGAAUUCAAGGAAAUUGCCAGCAAGAACUCUGCCCUCGAAGGGAAACUGAAGGAGCUGCAGGCCCAAAAUCUGGCGGCGUCCAACCUGGGAGUCCUGCGGGACGACGACUCUGACGACAAGCAGCAGCGGGCGCUGACUCAGCGAGAGCUUCAGGGCAUGAGGGAGAAGAUGGACUUACAGAAAACAGAGUGGAAGAGGAAGCUGAAGGAACUCCAGAAGGAGCACCAGGCGGAAAAGGAAGAGCUGAAGAGUGAAAACGAGAGACUUCAGGCCUCCCUGUCGCAGGACCAACAGAUCGCAGCUGACCGCUUCCAGCAGCAAAUGGGGACGCUCGCUGCUCGGCUCAAAGAGCAGACCAAGGUUAUCAGGUCGCAGGAGAAAACAAUCAAGAUGCUGUCUGCAAGAAAAGCUGAAGUGACCCAGGAAGCACCCAAGGCACCAGAUCUAGAGGAAUCUUCUGACGAAGGUAACUAUCCUAGAAGUGAAAGCCCUUCUUUCCUGGUGCCAUUCUUGGGCUUUGGACAUGGAUCAGUGGGUGCAAAAAUGAGGAAUGACAGGACAAAACAGGCCUUGGGUGAGGUACUCUGUCCCUGGUAUUCUCUCCACAAAAUUAAGCAACGCACAGUCAACUGGGCUGCAGUAGUAUCGCAGGAAGCAGCCUUCUGCAUGCUCUUUGGGGUUGCCACAAAGGGGAUUCCAGCUCAGUCCUACAAAAAUCUGAGCUCCCUCAUACGGACUCAGCAGCAGCAGAAGGCCAGGAAGUUUCCCAAUCUCCUCAGCUUAAGGGACAAGCUCGUCCGAGAGGUCACCUGGAAAGUCAAGGAGCGCCAGAAGGAUGAAGGCGUGUUCCCACCGCAGCUUUCGGUAGUCCCAGCUAAAGGUCAGAGGAGCCCCACGUCGCCUCGCCGGGUCACCUCUGCCAAGCCCCAAGUGCUGCAAGUGGAGUUACAGCCCUAUGCGGAGGAGACGCCCAGGCCAGCUCCUCGGAGCAAAGCCAGCCUCUCCCACAGCCUACCAGAGCUGCCCCGAGGAACCAGCCAGCAGCCGAGCACCCCGCCGUUCAGUUCUGAGGAGGACUCUGAGGGGCACCGUGCCGGCUUCACCCCAGUGAAACCCAAGUAUCCCACCCCCCUGAGGCAAGCGCCCACCGCUUCCAGCCGGAUCCCGAAUGACAAUACCAUGUCCGACUGGUCUGACCUGGAGUCCUCCGAGGGAAAAGCCAGCCCGCCUCUAGGAACCACUCCGAAAGGGACGCUGGUGUCGGCCAUGGCUAGAAACCUGGAGCGCACGCUGAGCAUGCCGGGGAGGAAGCCUGUCGGCGGGUUCAAACUCCUCCCCGCGCCGCCCUCCGACUCGCCCCACGCCAGCCACUCAGCCAAGCAACUGCAGAUCGCGGAGGACAGCGACGUGGCGAGCUCCUCGCUGGAGGAGAUCACCCAGCUGCUGGAGACCAGGGGCCAGAUG